AUGGACAUGAUUCCGGGUCCAGUCAUUCUCACAUUGGCUCAAGAUAUGCUAGAUUGUUCAAUUAGAUCCACUAGCAAGAAUUUAACAAGGAAUGGACGGAAUGAUGUGAACAACAAUAAUAGUUCAACACAAGUAUUAGAUUCAAGCAGGUUGCAUCAAGAUAGUGGUGGUAGUGGCGUUAAACAAUUUGGUGCUAUAAAUGAUGUAAAUGCUAGCUUGAAAAACAUUGCUGCUCCAAGUGCGAUCCUUAGGCUUACAGCUUCAAGCAAAGUCAAAUCAUAUCAAGGCAAUUGUAAUAUAUCUUUUAUUCCUCAAGAAUUCGAUUCAACUCUAUAUCCUCCAUAUUGGAACCAAUAUUCCUCACCACCAUCAUUUUCAACACCAUUCUCACCACCACCUACUGAUGAUAGAGUUGACAAAUGA